AUGGGCAGCAGUACAACCUCUGAUAAAACAAUCAACACCAGUACAGACUCUGCAGCCACCGCGCUCACAUCAAUCACAGGCACCGAUGAUUCUAUGGACGCCGAACCAGAACCCCCCGAGCCGCCCCCUCAACCACCGAGCCUCAUCGAUGAACCCCCACACAAACCCCCGAGUACAGCCCCUCCACACUACCACCGCACCCAAAACAGCUGCGAACUCGAUUCACCCGCUUACACCAAGCCCCAAUCAGCAUCAGACGCGAUAGACUCCCCGAGACCUGGACCUGCUCGGUUCAUCUUUGACGUUCCUCUCCCGGACCCAAAGAAAAUUGAACCUAAAAAGACGGAAAAGCCAAGAAACAAAACGCAAGUGCAGAGCAGCACACCAUCUACGUCAAUACAAAUUCCAUAUGAUCCUAAAUUGGAAAUGCCAAAAAGUCCAAAAGCGAAUCAAUCUAAGUACGAGACCUAUUUUAAAUUUGAACCGGAACCAGUGAAAAGACGUGGUAGUGAGCCAAGGAUGAAGAAUAAACAGAGAAACGAAAAACAGGAGUAUUAUAAGGAUGAAGUUGCCAAAUUAAGAAGACAGCUGGAAGGGACUGAGGUGUUCACGACGGCUGCUAGGAGACGAUCUUCGGCGCACCAGCAUUCUGUGCCACCGCCAUCAUCUAGACGACAAUCUACAGCUGCACAAGUACAUGUGACAGCGAAUCCCCUUGAUUCGGCCGCCACAACUAUACCAGCGGGCAGGACCACCAUCGUGGUCCAGCAGCCGUCUCUUUCUCUCGACUACGGUGGUUGUUCCACUGUACUCGUGCGAGACGAGGACGGCAGGAGAAAGAGCAGGGUCUGUAGUGACCACAUACAGCAACUCUUAGACGUAACGAGUCAAUUCACGUCGGAGGAUCUUCACGACUUCGAUAAGAGAUACGGGAGCCCUCACCACUCCAGGUCACAGUCAGUGAAGGCUGGCAGGUCCAGGACUGGUGAACGACAACUCCUGGGGCUGCCGCAACAGAGAGCGAGGGUAGCCUCCAUGCCCAACACUGGGGUAGAAGAGGAAUACUACAGGUUGAGGCACUUCAGCAUCACAGGCAAAGGCGUUGUGAACCGUGGCGAUUCUUUGCGGUCGCGACGUUCCAGGUCAAAUACGUCAGUAGCAUCCAGCGCUUCCAGUACAGAAGCUGUCACCAGAGCUUCGGCGCCGUGUUCAUUAGCAUCGUCAAGAGACUCUUCUGCUGGUCUAAGUGCAUACAGAGUGCUCGUGUUAGGAGCCCCAGAUGAUGAGUCUGGCGAGAGAUCGGUGUGCGUGCUGCUCGCUGGUGAAGAAUCAGAGAUAACAUUCCUGGACUCACCCCCGGAUCAUGUCGUUUCCGAAGGUUGCGCACACGGUUACUGCGUGGUAUACUCAACAGCAGACAGAAGCAGCUUCGCUGAAGCUGAGAAAAGACUGCAGACUCUAUGGGCGGCAGGGCACACGGCGAGACGAGCUGUCAUAUUGGUCGGAAACAAAGCUGACCUGGCCAGAUCGAGGGUCGUCAACACUGACGGUCAGUAA